UGCUUGUAAUAGUAAGUUUCAACGUUUAAGACAUGAAGAUAAAAUUACUUCUCAACAAGAUAAUGAAUUGAGUGCAUCAGAUAUCUCGUCAAAUGAAAAGGAAACUGAUAAUAAUGAUACUGAUGGUAUUGAGGAAGA